AUGGCCGAACCUGAAAAGAAAGAACUGACUCAAGCAGCUCCUCAAUCGGCUGACAGUGGCGUAAAGAAACUUUCUGCCAAAGAAUUGAAAGAAUUAAAGAAGAAAGAAAAAGCAGCCAAGAGAGCAGCUCAAAAGGAAGCUAAUGGUAUCAGUCCAGAACAACAAAAGAAACUCGCGGAACAGAAGAUUGAAAAGAAGAAACAACAGCAGCAACAGCAACAGUCAAAUGCAUCUUUGAAGAAACAGUCAUCUCAAGGAACCAAGCGUGAAGAACGUAAUGUCCCUGCUGUGUUUGGACAUUUGGAAACUAGAGAACAAAGAAAUGCAUCUACUGCAGCUCCAUCAUCAAAUGCCAUCUCAAAUCUUGUUCAUCCUGCUAUUUUGUCCUUGACUUUAAAGUAUUCAAAUUAUAAAGUUGUUGGAUCAAGUUCAAGAUUAAAAAAUAUGUUGUUGGCUUUCAAACAAGUUGUUCAUGAUUAUUCUACUCCCGAGAAUACUACAUUAACCAGACAUUUAACAGCUCAUUUGUCGAAUCAAAUUGAAUAUUUAAAGACUGGACGUCCAUUAAGUGUUUCCAUGGGUAAUGCAAUUAGGUGGUUGAAACAAGAAAUCUCAGUUAUAUCAAUCGAUACUUCUGAAGCACAAGCUAAAGAGACACUAUGCACAAAAAUUGAUGAUUUUAUUAAAGAAAAAAUUGAAUUAUCAGAUACAUUAAUUGUCGAUAGUGCAUCUAGACAUAUUGUAAAUGGUUCAACAAUCUUGACUUAUGGACACUCUCAAGUUUUAGAAGAAUUGUUCAAGUAUUGUGUUCUCGAACAAAAUAAGAAAUUCAACUUGAUUGUUGUUGACUCAAGACCAUUAUUUGAAGGUAAGAGAAUGGUUAGAAAUUUGAUUAAUACAUACUUGGAAGAUGAUCAAGAUAAUCAUGACCAACCAGAUGAAUUUGCAUCUGUUAAUAGCAAAACUGCACAUGUUAAGAUUCCUAUCACCAAAAAUCACAUAAGUAUUCAAUAUGCAUUGAUUAAUUCCUUGUCAUCUACAUUAUUGGAUGAUGUAGAUUGUGUAUUUUUAGGUGCACAUGCCAUGUUAUCAAAUGGUAGAUUAUAUUCAAGAGUUGGUACUGCGUUGGUUGCAAUGAUGUGUCAUACAAGAAACAUUCCUGUUUUAACAUGUUGUGAAUCUAUUAAAUUUUCCGAAAAAGUUCAAUUGGAUUCUAUCACCACAAAUGAGUUAGGAGAUGCUGAUGAUUUAAUCCAAGAUAUAGAUUGUAUGAAAUUAUCGGCAAAGAAAUCAUUUGCUUUAGAACAAUUUUUAAAAGAAACCCAACCAGAAAAGAAAACUCCAGAAAAGUCCGGCAAGGGUAACCAAUCCGGAGAAGAAGAAAAAGAAGGAGAUGACAGUUCAUUAGAAAACUGGAAAGAAAUUGCAAACUUGAGUGUUGUAAAUAUAUUGUAUGAUUUAACUCCACCUGAAUACAUCAAUAAAAUCAUCACCGAAUUGGGUGCAUUACCUCCAUCAUCAGUGCCUGUUAUUUUAAGAGAAUACAAGAAUACGUAG